GGCUGCUCCGCGCAGCGCCCGGCGGGCCGCGCGGCCGCCAUGACAACGCGGGGGGAGGGGGGGAAGGCACCAGGCAACGGGGGACGCGAGGGGACGGGGGAGCGAUCGCAUUGAGGGGAGGGGAAACGGACACACGGCAUCCCAACAGGCUUGGAUCCAGACACUUGCGGCGGUGCUGCUUUGGAGAAGCUGUCCUUUCCGAGAGCCGUCGUGGCAGGGGGAAAGAAGUUGACAAGAAACUGCUGUCAGGCCCGAAUAUGGAGCAAAACCAAUGUCCUCGUGUGCCUCUCUGCACAAGUCCAGGCAAUCCGGUGUUUUCCUGUAUGCUGGACCCCAAAACACUCAUGACCAAUGGUUCUUCGACAAAGCCUCAGCUUUUGCUGUUUAAAACAACUUCAAGUGAAUAUGGUGCCAUACCACCUGUCACACAGAUGGUACCUCGUGCUUAUCAUCCAGUGGAUCUAACCUUUUCAAAACACUUAAUGACUUGUGGGUCAUUUCAAAAUGGUUAUUUAAACACUGCCCUCGAUAGAAGUAGAGUAUAUGACUACCCCAAUUUACAGCAUACUCUGUAAAAAUGCAUCUCCUUGUCAUAGAUUUAGACUAGACACUUAGCUUUAAGUAAACAAAUCUGACUUAUCUCAGUCAUUCAGGGAAUACUAUCAAUAUCUGAUUUAUGUUGGUUUUGCUGGGUUGAAUAAGCUCUAUCAAAAAGAAUGUAGCCCACUUGAUGAUACGCGUCUCUCAUUCAGACCUAAACCCAUAAAAAUAAAACUUUU